AUGACCUUUAUUAAAGAACGCGUUCGAAAACUUCAUGGAGACAUAGCUGCUAUAUAUCAAAGUCUGCAGGUUACAGUUACCUCUGCUAGUUCUGUUUACGAUUCGAAACGCGUAGAAGUUUUAACAAGUGCUAUUAAGAGCAUCGAGUUGGACGAAGGCCAUGUACCAAAAUUAACCUUUGUGUUAAAACAGUUAGAUGCUGUGGAAAAGAUCCUUCAUCGAUCAUGGCAAACUACUAAAGACCGUGAUUCAGAAAGUGAAUUCGAAAAGGAAAUUUCUAAAUUAGAGUGGAUAUUUUUAGCUAAAGUAACUGUGGUGAUAUACGCAAAUUUGCUGGACCACUUAUUAUUUUCUACGUUACCAUUAUUAAAUGAAAUUUAUUAUUGGGAAGAAUUGCGAGGAACAUCCCCUAUUCGUUUAUUUUCACUCUCUAGGGCUAUUUUUAAUUCUGUUUACCAACGAUAUCAAAAUGUUCCAUCAACUUUGUCUUUGCGACAAUAUUUUUCCAGAAACUAUAUGAUCAAUCUUUUUCCAAAUCAUAUGCACAUUCGUUUAUUAAAUGUUCAACAUUUUCAAUCUUUUUCUAUUUUGCCUUUAAUUCGUUACGAAAUUCGAUACAAGAAGUUAAAGCUCAAAGCUAUAAUGGAGCAUAAAGCUGCAUGCUUAGGAUUGUUAAUUGAAAAGGGGUUAAAUCUCAAUAGCAUUAUUAAGGAAAUGAAUAAUAAAGAUAGAGAAGAACAUGAAAUUGGGUUUGAUUCUUUAAUUGGGAAUCAAUUGAUCGAAUGCAUAGUUUUGAUGGAAAGAGUUUUGAAUCAAAUGAUAGAAUUUGAUAUUGGAAGUGGGAAUGUACCACAUAUAGAUAAUAUUUUUGAUACGAAAUAUCCACCUAAAAUACCAUCAUUAUUGGCUUUCUAUACUCACCUCCGCUCCAUGAUUACUCAAAACCUUCCACAAUAUAAUGAACAAUCAAUUCGAAUUAUUUCAUAUUAUGGUCGUCCAUCAGUUAUUACUCGUUGGUGGAUACCUACCGUUCUAUUAUCUAUUGUAACCUUCAAAAUCAGAAAUCAAAUACAUUGGGAAGAUUUCCAGGAUUGGCUUGAAGGUAUUAAGGAGACCAUGGUUAAUUUUUGGAAUGAUUGGAUAUGGGAGCCCAUAAAAGGAAUGUUAGAUACAAUUAGACACAAAGAAAAUAGACUAGCACUUAUGGGUAAAGAAAGUCUUAGUUCGGAUUUAGAGUCAUUGGAACGAAUGGUUCUUGACUUUGCUCAUGAGCAAAUGCAAUUUACUGCUGAAGAACUUAAUGAACUUUCUAAACGAAUUCGAGAUGGUGAUCUGUCAAUUGUGUUGAAAGCUUACGAACAAGAAUUGAAGAGGCCGGUCAAGGCCACUUUAACAGGCGAGCAACCUCAUCCGUACACUGCUUAUUCAAGUUCAAAAGACCAAAGUGGAUUUAGAACUUUCCAUGACGGCAUUAGACAAACUCUUGAAAUCUAA